AUGUACCUGAGUUUUCAAAACAAGUCAUUUUGGGAAAGCCUGCACUUAAGAAAUGGCCUUGAGGACUGGGAUAUGGCAGAGGAGCUCAAAUUCACCAUCACUACUGAAGACCCUCUGCAAGAACCCAGCGUCCAGCCCCAUCUGUGGCUGUGGGUAAACCCCAGCCUGGUCUGCCCCAUCCCCUGGAGCCCUGGCAGAGGCCCGGACAGAUCUGACAGCCCGGUUGUUUCAGUUGCUGGUGCCACAGAACCCUCCUCUCCGAACACAUCCUGGGACUACUCUGACCUGGACUGCUCUGAGGAGGGUGUGCUGUCAUCCCCCAGCGAGGCUGGAAAGCUCACUGAGGAUGAACAUGCUUCGUCUGCAGACAUCCCAGUUCCUCAGGAGAUGACAGAAACUCCCAAAUGCAAGGUGAUGCCGAAGUCUUGGAAACCUGCGGUCCUCAGACCUCAGAGCACAAAGCUCAAGUGCCUCAGGCAGACGAGCACCAAAAUCAAGGGAGGCUGGCCUCGUCCCCCUCUUAAUUACUCCAUCCUCAUCACCUUCGCCCUGUGCAACAGUGCAAGUGGCAGUCUGACCGUGCAGCAGAUCUACCAGUUCACAUGGCAGCACUUCCCAUUUUUUCAGACGGCCCCAGAGGGUUGGAAAAACACCAUCCCACACAACCUGUGCUUCAGCAGCUGCUUUGAGAAAACCACUGGCUUCACAUGUGGCAAGGGAAAUCGCAAGUCCUGCCUGUGGAAGCUGACUCCAGAAGGACACAGGAGGUUUCAGGAGGAAAUGCAGGCCCUGCCCAAAGAGGCUCUCGACUUGGUGUGCCAAAGCAUGAGUGAACCAGAUCUCGUGAGGUCUCUGUUUGGCCUGUGA